AAUUCAUCAGCAUCAACCCCUCUUCUGAAUCAAGUCGACCCCUAAUUCGUCCACAACAACCAUUGCGAAUCUUUCAAUCGCAAUCCCAAUCUAUAGUCAUGUCUACAACACUCUUCCGCACCAGCGUUGCUGCAAAGUCCGCUCUCCGAGCUGGAGCUUCCAAGAGAGCUGUCUCAGCAGCUACAACCAGCUUCAUCCGUGGAAAAGCAACCCUCCCAGAUCUCCCAUGUAUGCCGUCCCCUCAUACCAAUUACCCAACUUCCAUACUCUCGAAGCUAAUCGGGUAUGUAAACAGACGACUACGGUGCACUGGAGCCCGCCAUCUCGGGCAAGAUCAUGGAAUUACAUCAUAAGAACCACCACCAAACCUACGUCAACAGCUUCAACACGGCCUCGGAACAGCUCGCAACCGCCGAGGCCAAAGGCGACAUCGCAGCAGCCAUCGCCUUGCAACCAGUCCUCAACUUCCACGGCGGUGGUCACAUCAACCACUCCCUCUUCUGGGAGAACCUAGCGCCGAUUAAGAAUGGAGGGGGUGGAGAGCCCGCGGGUGGUUUGAAGGUACCUUCCACACCUUAGUCCACUUAGUCAUCUCUACACCAAACAAGCUACUUUAGCUUGGAGGAUAUUUGUGGAAAUUCCAGAAGGCAUGGACUAAUUUAAUGAAACAAAACAGAGCGCCAUCGAAUCCAGCUACGGCUCCUUUAAAGACUUCAAGAUCAAGUUCAACGGCGCACUAGCCGGGAUCCAAGGUAGCGGAUGGGCAUGGCUAGUGAAGAAUAACGAGACGGGACAUGUGGAGAUCCGAACAUACGCCAACCAAGACCCCGUCGUAGGUAAAUACACGCCUCUUCUGGGCAUUGAUACGUGGGAGCAUGCGUAUUAUUUGCAGUACCAGAAUCGGAAGGCGGAGUACUUUGGUGCGGUUUGGGAUGUGGUGAACUGGAAGGCUGUUGAACAGAGAUUGAAGUGA